GAGAGGCAGAGACGGCACGGAGAGAAGAGUCGUGCGACAACAUGGAGCGGAGGUUGUUUUGCUGUGGCUAGAAUAUGUGUGUUUAGUGACCCAAGAAACCCCAAAGGAAGAGUAAGAUUAUGAAGAAGCAGAGGGAGUCCAUGGGAUUAUAAACCUUGGAUUAGAGCCGCGCGCUGUGAAAUCAGACCAUGAGGCUAAAGCGUGGGCGCAGGGCUUCGCUGGCGCUAACUCUCAACUUUGUGGCAUUCGCGUUCGCAUUGUCGGCCGUCACCACGAGCUACUGGUGCGAGGGGACCCGGAAAGUGGCCAAGCCCUUCUGCACGGGGCCCCCUCUAAAGGUGAAACAGUCGUACUGCAUCCGCUUUAACAGCUCCAAUGUGAACGACUCGCGCUUGGUGCAGUACAUCUUUGAGUCUGGAGAGGAAAAGUUUCUGCUCAGGAAGUUUCACACGGGGAUCUUCUUCUCCUGUGAGCAGGCCGCAGACAUGAACGGUUUUGACUGUCGGGAUUUCUCAGAGAUCGCUCCUGAACACGAACGAGGUGUGCUGUGGUUGUGCAUCACGGCGGAGUCCCUGUACCUGUCUUUGCUCUUCACUGGAGGAUUCCUCAUGAUCCUGGAGACGUGUCCUUGUUUUAGCCUCAUCAACAAACUCAAGCUCAGUGCCUUCGCUGCUCUCUGCACCGCCGCCUCAGGUCUUUGUGGGAUGGUGGCUCACAUGAUGUUUACCACCGUGUUCCAGUUGGCCGUUGCCAUGGGACCUGAGGACUGGAGACCAAAGACCUGGGACUACAGCUGGUCCUACGUCCUGGCCUGGGGGUCUUUUGGGACCUGCAUGGGAUCUGCGGUCACGGCUCUGAACCACUACACCAAAACUAUUGUGGAGUUCAAGUACAAGCGGAGAAACAUAGCCAAGAACCUGGUGCUCAAACAAAAGCUACUGGAGCUGGACCUGCUGGACUACGACCCCUACGACCCCUGUGACCCCAAGAUCACCUACGACCCCUGCGAUGCCGAGGUGAUCUGUGACCCUGAGCCGACCUUCGACCCCUGCGAUCCCGAAGCUGUCUUCAACUCCUGUGACCCCGAGUGCGACCCCUUUGAUCGCAGUAACCCCGAGGUGAACUUCGACCUCCACCUGAAUGGACACCCCCUACAGGACGUACGCGUGGACUGAAGGUGGAAGAGGAGGAGGAGGAGGAGUUUUGGAGGGGUUUUUUUCUCGUUAUGCCAGAUGCCCCGUCUGUCAUGUCCAGCCACAUAACAGUGACUGAAGUGGACGAUGGGCGUGAAGUGUCUUGCUCAAGGGCACAGCCUGAGCAGAUUUGAACCUGAAUCUCUCUGGUCUCAGGUCGGACAUUUAAAAACGGCAGCAGUGUUCAGUCCACUAAUGACUUCCGCAAUAAACCAGUCGUACGGUGAUUUGGCGGAUUUGUUUUAUGCCAGAUGCCCUUCCUGUCUCAACCUGCCACAUUACAGUGACUCGUGUGGACGGUGAAGCUGAAGUGUCUUGCCCAAUGACACAGAGUCAGAAUUCUGGUUUGUUUUGGAGUUUAAAAUUUUGCAGACAUCUCCUGUUUAGCUCAUUAAUGAAUCGGCGUAAAGGUGCAUUCUGUAACUUUUCUGAUAAAGGGUUCUGCGCCAUCUGCUUGAUUUGUCUGAAAUAUUCCGUAGUGAUUUGUCUAUCUCCAUGGAGACAAAAGGAAGACAGCACCAGGGAAAGUAGUUACAGGUCAGAUCUGUGUAGAUGCAAACCUGCUUAUGGGAAGAAUGUUUUUUAGAUAGUUUUGCAAAAAUAAAAACACCUGUAAUGAAAUAAAUGUUAAAUAGAUACGUGUCAAACUCUCCAUGGAGACAAGGUAGUAAUGAACCUCCACCAGAAAAGUUACAUAAAGCAUCUUUAAAGGAUCAUUUUGAGACAUUUCACAGUAGUAUAACACUUCCAAUGACAGUUUUUUUUUGCACUUUUCUAUAUGAACACCAGGCUGAUGGUUCGGCUUUAAGGACCGUAGGCGCAGAAUGACAGUCACACUUUUGACUGUUGAAAAGGGCUACAUAAGAUUAAUGCAUUGCUCAUUUUAUCAGUGUUCCCGUCUAGAGUUUGUGUAAUCCUGAUACGAUAAAAAGAAUCCAACCAAACCACGUGUAGGUCUCCCAAAGUCCUCGCUCUGCUCAGUGGAGUUCGUGAGGAAUGUCAUUCUGUGGAACAUUCAUUAACUGUAUAUAUCACAAACAUUCCAGGUAAAAUAAUAAAAUCUUAACGGACACAAGGAUACAGUGGGCCCUCCAGCAAAAAACAAAACAAAAAAAACACCUACACUGCACCUUUAAAUGUGAAUGGAUAAACGGUGUAGAAGAAUUUCAACAAUUUAUCUUCCACUUACAUUUCUCAGUUUAACGUUGUCUCAUAGGAACCAUAUUUACACUAUCAUCUUUCCUUGUCACGUCAUUGGCACAUCAUUGUCUAAAUUGUGGCAUAAUACUGUCUCACUACAUUUGCUCCUCCUCUGAAAGGAUAGACAGGGGGCUUGAACACUCAAAGACUCAUGUUCGCUUUUGAAAUAAUACUAUGUUCACUUUUCAAAUCCCACCAGGCCCGUAUUGAUGGUAAAUAAACUUCUCCUGCUUAAGACGUCCAGUUUGUCUCCAGCCUUUUACUUCCACUCUUUCUCGGAGAAGGUGAAAACUUCUACAACAAACAGCAUCUUAAAAUAGAAGGAACUGUAUGUUUUGUUUUUAAAUAAAACUUCGACUAACGCUGCCCCCAAAUACAAGGUAAACGACAUGUUCAAAUCAAAUAUGACUUUUACUGAUGACACUUGUUGAUUGAUAAUGUUGAUUUAUUCUUAAUUACAAAAAGAAUUGAACAUGGUGUCCCCUGAACUCGUAUAUGUCCUUUAUCUGCAGGUUUAGGAAUUGUUGUGAUUGCAGUGCCUUUCUAAAUCUAUAAGAGCACAGAUUACAAACAGUUACCUUUGAUUAUAAUGUUACUCUACUGUCUACCGCGAGCAAGCACAUUGAUUUUGCGUAAACCUUAAACGAUACAGGACAGGACAAAGUCACUUAUAAAGCCUGAAUGAUUUAUUCUGUUCCAAUAUGGAAUAAUUAAGAAAUCGCUACAUCAAUUGAAGCAUUAAUUAAGUUACAAAUCAUUCUCCAUUAUGAUAGAAAAAGCUGUUUAAAAGGAGUGAGGGUCAU